UGCCUGAUCGAGAACUGGUAUUGUGGAUAAAGAUUGAGCAAUAUGCUGAGCAAAUAGUGAAUGAAGCCGGACAACCAACCUGUUACUUUGUUUCUCUUCCAUCUCACUUGAACAUGCUUAUUCUUAUAUUGCACACUUUGCAGACUUGUCAAAAUGAUCAAACAGCAAUUGCAACUUAUCGCAAACAAACAGCAGGAGCAGGUUAGUAGACAUACACCCUACCGUCGCUACGACACUGACCAUCAUGCUGGAGAAUCACCUCCAACCAGACCCUCCCCGAACCCCAGACAGGACAGUCUCAGACACCACAUCCCCCCACCUCGACCAAGCCCACUGGUCCAUCGACAACCUCCCCUCUGUCCUCUACGCCCUCCGCCCAGGAACCCAAUACAUCAAAUCUCGCGCGCGCGUCCGCGAAACACCCCACAAGAUCUUCAACAAACAUGUCCGCGACUUCUCCAUCCUCCCGUCCCGCAUCUCCUCGAAAGUCGAAGGCUGGCGCCUCGAAGCCUGGUUCCGUAUUGACCGCCGCAUUGAGGCGCAGGAUAUCCUCGACCGCGUUGACCCUAGGUUCCGCGGCGAAGUGAGCUCGUUGGAGAUUGAGCUGCGCCGCGAGGAAUUCCGGAGACUCUUCCAUGUCGCGGAUUGGAAGUCGCAGGUGUCGAUUAAUGAGGUUGCAAGGGUGGUGCACAGGAAGGGUGUGGAUUUGGGGUUGAAUACUACCCGUGGUGUUACGCCUGGUCUUGUUAAUCCAGAGAAGGGUGACGAGGGUGGGAGGAUUCCGGUUCCGGCUGAGAAGAAACGGGAGAAGACGGGUGGGGUGGCUUCGUGGCCGUUUUUUGUGAUGCAGGGGGUUAGGAAGCAGAGCAUGAAGAGCGAGGCGUGUUUUUGGCCGAGUGGGAGUAAGGGUUAUCCGUUGGAUAUGGGAGCGAGGACGGCGAAUGGGAGUUCGGGGGAGGUUCAGCGACCUCAGGGCUUGAGUGAACAGCCGCGUAGUAUUUCUUCUGUGCCGCCUGUUCGGAAGGCAUGGGUGGAGGAUCGACAGACAAAUAUCUCAGAAGAAACGAAAGCAACCCAAGACUCGACGUGUAUCGGUAUCAUAUCCAGAGACGCGCGAGCUGGCAAGUCAUGAUAACUCGCUCGUGUUUCGAGAGACAAGCUAUGAUCGCGGCACGAUGACCCUUGAAGAAUACCUUCACAGAAACAGAAUGUCCUACGAA